AUGGCCCCUGUCAACGAACCCCCGAUCGAUUGGGACGCGAUUGAUGCGGAAGCGGAACGUAUAUCGUGGGAUAUUCCAGCAUUGUCGGCUCUGGCGAAGACGGCUGCUAGGAACCCAAAGGUUGUUUGGGAGGAAUACGAGAAGGCCAAGACCGAGAAGGAGGCCAAGAAGAAAGCCGCGCCCAAAUCCAUUUACCACGACCUCACCAUCGCUGAACUUUACGACAUGGAGGUGGCAAAGGUCGAGCGGCUUGUGAAGGAGAGAAACUACAAGGAGGGUUCCGACGAGUCGAAGAAGUCGGACGAGUCCAAGAAGUCGGACAAGGCAAAGAAGUCGGACAAGUCGAAGAAGUUGAAGAAGUGA